AUGUUGGGGCUCAGCCUUGCCCUCCCUAAGGUCUGGAAGAACCCGCAGUGGGAGCUGGAGCUGCCUCGGCCACGUCCCAAGCAGCCUUCGGACUUCCCUGAAGCCUCCGAUGCCCCCCGCCUAAGUCCUCCGUCCUCCUGCCCGGAGCCCUCCUGCCCAGCCUGGAGCCCUCCUGCCCAGAGCCUCCGGCCCGGCCCCUCUCACCAGCCCCGCUGUGGCUCCUCGCUGCUGGACAGAAUGAGUAUUGCGGGGACGCACUGGAUCCCUGCAGGACCACGGUGCCCAGUUCUGUGCCAGUCCAGGAAAGCCACUGACCCAGGAAAGGUGACCAGGACAGCUGAGACUGGAGGUCUUGCCUUAGGAGGAACCGGGGCCGUUAGGCCUGGAGGACACAGGCCUCAGUGGGACCUGGUGCCUUUCCUCCAGGACCAGAAGGUCUGUCGUGGUGAACAGACUCGAGCCCAGAGGGCAGAACGAAGCGCCCCUUCCCCAGUCCCGCUCUCAUUGUGUCGCCGCAUUUGUCCUUGCGUUCCAGGCCAGGAAAAUGUUCCCGGUCAUCGGAGCUGGCGAGGGGAGGGACGAGCUCCCUCGGCAGGCCCGGAGCUCCGGUUCCAGUGUGGCUGGGACAGCGGGGAGGCAGGGAGGCCGGCCUUGACUCCGGGGACGCUGAUGUGUGCUGCCCACCUCCUGACACAGAGCACGGGCUCGGGGGCAGAGCGCACUGUGGGCAUGGCCAGCACUAACAUUUGUGAUCUUUUGUCCGAGGAUUUACUUUCCUUUUUCUGUUUUUCCCCCCAAAGGGAGGAUGGGAGAGAGAAAAAUAAAUGAAAAUUAUUAAUUUAAACAAAAUUAAGCAAAAUAAUAAACCAGAGCACUGGUCUGAGCUACUUCUUGCCGAAGCCGAGGGGCCUUUUGGGUUCUCCUGGGGCGAGGGGAGCCGUUGUCCCCACUGCUCCUCCACCAUCAGGCCUGGGACUGGCACCUCCACAGCUACAUGGAGGGCGAAACAGAGGGAGGCUACAAGCAGGGACGUCGCCCGGGAGAACCAAGAUGGCAGAAAGAGGUGAGUGUCAAGUGGAAGAGAGCCCCAAGCUAGAGUCGGGAAGCCCCGGGUUCGAAUCCUGUCACUUCCUAGUGAGCCACUCUCCUCUCUGAUCCACGGUUUGCCCUUUGCAAAGUCAAGCUGAAGCUGAUGGGCUUCGAGGUCAUUUCCAGGACUCCAUUUGUGAUAAGGACAGUGUCUGAUGUCUGGGAAUCCGGGGCCGCCACCCAGAGGGCCCCGGGGAGAGCAAGAGGCAGCUCGGAUCUUUUUUAGUGACUACACUAUUUUGGCUCUGAGGUUUCGGGGGAGGGAACCCUCGUGGGCUGCAGGAGUCUGACACCUCAGGCUGCCCAAGGCUUCCCCUGCCAGGGAGCACUGAAGAAAGGAUUCUUUCCUGACUCUGAGUCUGGGGGGACCCUCGGCGGUCCUAGGAAGCUGUUCUUCCCACUGCAUCCUCCCCUCUGCACUCAAUGGCCCUUCCUAGGCCUCAAGGAAGUGGAUGUGUCCUUCAGGAAGGCUUGUGUUCAAAUCCAGUCUUAGCCA